CCGAGCCGAGCCGAGCCGAGCCGAGCCGAGCCGAAGAUGGAGCCGGCUUCGGCGGCGGAGACCGGCCGGGCGGUGGCCGAGAAACUGCGGCUCUACCGGAGCGACGCGAGCGGCUGGAGGAGCUGUCGGAGCGGGCACGGACUGUCCAUCUCCUGGAGGCCGUCCACGGAAUUCCCGGGAAACCUGUACCGCGGUGAAGGGCUCGUGUGUGGCAGCCCGGAGCAAGUGUGGCAGUGCCUGAAGCCGGUGCCCAAUGGGCUGCGCACAGAGUGGGAUGCCAACGUCAAGGGGUUUGAAGUUGUUCAAACCAUCGGAGAGGACCUCUCGAUCUGCAGAACCCUCACCCCGUCAGCUGCCAUGAAGCUCAUCUCUCCCCGGGACUUUGUGGAUUUGGUGCUGAUCAAGAAAUAUGACGAUGGCAGUAUCACGUCCAACGCUACCCAUGUGGACCACCCGCUCUGCCCACCCCAGCCAGGCUACGUCAGAGGCUUCAACCACCCGUGCGGCUGCUUCUGUGAACCCGUCCCAGGGGAUCCGAACAAGACGCAGCUGUUCAGUUUCUUCCAGACGGACCUCGGGGGCCACCUACCUCAGACCGUGGUGGACUCCUUCUUCCCCCACAGCAUGGCCGAGUUCUACCGCAACCUCCAGAAGGCUGUGAGGCAGCUUCAGGCCUGAUGCCACCUCUGCCGAGGAUACCACUGGGACCACCCCAACCCCCAGUGGGUGACAAGGUCCAAGAGGCUCUUGCUGUCCCUGGGGUCCUGGUGGGGGGUUGGGGAAGGGGGUUCCGGGGACCCUAGAGGUCAGACGGGUGGAUGGUGGGAAUGGAGUCAGCUUAGGCAAAGGGUCAUUUCUCUGGGCCUCAGUUUCCUCAUCUGUAAACCAGAGAUUGAGACCGUGAGCCCCAAGUGGGGCAGGA